AUGUACCCAGUUCCAGAACCUCCAUCACCCCAGCCAUCUCCCCCACCACUUGUAUCAGCGGGCAGCUCCAUUUUGGACGACGAAAGUGAUGUGGGCAGCGAACUAAUGGUUGCCUGGACACCAUUGCAACAGGCCCCUGGGCCUCCUCCGCCGGCCGCCCCUGGCCUCCUCCGCCGGCCGCCCCUGGGCCUCCUCCGCCGGCCGCCCCUGGGCCUCCUCCGCCGCCGCCCCUGGGCCUCCUCCACCAGCCGCCCCUGGGCCUUCUCCGCCGGCCGCCCCUGGGCCUCCGCCUGCAAGUCCCCCCUCUCAAAUACGACGUUCAGCAAGACCAACUGCUGGACAGCACCCAAACCCCUUCAACCUGCCCCGUCCUGCCCAUAG